CUAACCGACCCUUGGUCUUUCCAAACGUCUCCCUCCCUCUCUCAUCUUCAAAUCUGUAGCUUUCUCUUUACUGAAAGUUUUCUUUUUCUGCAGCAAUAGUUAUAACGAAAAGCUUAAAAAUGCCUUCUCUCUCUGCUUCCGCCUCCCAAACAAUAGAAAACGUUCCUUUCCCUUGUCUUUCUCUCUCCUCCCCUCAUCUGCCUCGAAAUUUAAAACCCCACCCACACCCAGACAGUCUAUAUAUACACUCUCACUCUAUAUCCGCCAGUAGCCCUGCGUGCUUCUUCUGCUUCCUCACCUUUCAUAUCGACGAAUAAAAGUAACCCCAUUCCCCAACUCUCUCUCUCUCUCUCUCUCUCUCUCUCUCUCAUUAUUUCUCUCUUUCUUUCUUGUCUCUGCAUUUUAAGCCUUCUACUUUUCUUCUCCCUCACUCUAUACUUCCUCUUUCGGUUUUCUGCAAACACAGAUUAUACAAGCUAACCAAAAGAAGAAAAAAACACCACCAUUUUCUUGUGCAGCAAACACAAAUGGCAGAUAAGGACCCGGAUAUUUGCUCCCACAAGUUCCCUUCUGCUUCUCAGGUGUUGGAAGAGCUUAGAGAGCUAUGGGGGAUGGCGUUUCCCAUAACGGCCAUGAACUGUUUGGUGUUUAUCCGAGCCGCGGUGUCAGUCCUAUUCCUUGGCAGGCUUGGAAGUCUAGAGCUAGCCGGUGGCGCACUGUCCCUCGGCUUCACCAACAUCACCGGAUACUCUGUCCUGAUGGGACUAGCAUCCGGCCUUGAACCUGUUUGCAGCCAAGCAUACGGCAACAAGAACUAUGACCUCCUCUCCCUCUCCCUCCAGCGCAUGGUUUUAAUCCUACUCCUGGCCGUAAUCCCCAUCAGCCUCCUCUGGAUUAAUCUCCAGCCCAUCAUGGUUUUCAUGGGACAGGACAAGGCCAUCACUGCAAUGGCCGCCACCUACUGUUUGUAUUCUCUCCCGGACUUGUUGACAAACACGGUUUUGCAGCCUCUGAGGGUUUUUUUGAGGUCGCAGAAAGUGACCAAGCCCAUGAUGUACUGCUCUAUGAUAGCUGUGGCGUUUCACGUGCCGCUGAACGUGGUUUUGGUGGUGGUGAUGGGACUGGGAGUGCCAGGGGUGGCGGUGGCGUCGGUGCUGACGAACCUGAACAUGGCCGUGCUGAUGGCGGGGUACGUGUGGUGGAGGUGGAGGAAGAUGGAGAUGAGAUGGACAGCUGGGAUUGGAUAUUUGUGCAGUGGGAUUGGGCCGUUGGUGAAGCUGGCGGUACCGAGCUGCUUGGGGAUAUGUUUGGAGUGGUGGUGGUAUGAGAUUGUGACUGUCAUGGCUGGAUAUCUGCCGAAUCCCACUAUGGCGGUGGCCGCCACCGGGAUUCUUAUUCAGACCACUAGCAUGAUGUACACUGUCCCCUUGGCCCUUUCUGGCUGUGUUUCUGCCAGGGUAGGGAAUGAGCUUGGUUGUGGGAAGCCAUACAAGGCGAAGUUAGCAGCGAUGGUGGCAUUGGGAUGUGCAUUUGUGAUCGGCAUCAUCAACGUGACGUGGACGGUGAUUUUAAGAGAGAGGUGGGCAGGCCUCUUCACCAAGGACGAGCUCGUCAAAGCCUUGGUUGCAUCAGUCAUGCCAAUCAUGGGGCUUUGUGAGUUAGGCAACUGCCCCCAAACCACUGGCUGUGGCAUCCUACGUGGCACAGCACGCCCGGCUGUGGGUGCCCGCAUUAAUUUGGGGUCGUUCUACUUCGUGGGCACCCCUGUGGCGGUCGGACUUGCCUUCUGGCUCAAGGUAGGGUUUGGCGGGCUCUGGUUUGGGCUUUUAUCUGCUCAGGUGGCGUGUGCUGUGUCCAUUCUGUAUGUUGUGGUGGCGAGGACUGAUUGGGAGGCAGAGUCUUUGAAGGCAAAGAUGCUGACCGGGAUAGAAAUGGGUGACUGCAAAAACGAAGGACAAGGGCAUGAGAAAGAUGACGAAGAAAGCAAAGGGUUACUGAUGAUGAACGGUGGAGAUGGUUUUAUUUAGAGGUUUUGUGUGGGAUCUUUGUCGGAGACUCUACUUUUGUUGACUGUGCUGUAGUAGUUUUAACAGUUUUUUAUUUUAUUUUUUAUGUUGACUAUUUGGUUGGUUGGAUUUUUAAAAGUUAGAGUUUUGAUGGGCAUUGCAGUUUGCAAUGACAACUCGCCCGCCAGGGUCCAGCCAAGUUUAAA